UGGUUCUGAAGCUCGGCCCCAGCCCGUACCUGCCGACCUACCGCCUCCGGGCGCCAAGGAAGAGGGCUGAGAGCCCGGAAACCAGAGCGGGGCAGGAGUCAGCGUUCUGAGCAUGUGCGAGCAAGCCAGGAGGCUAGGGCGGAUUUGGGGGGCCGACUUCGGGUCGUCGCCGUAAGCACAAAGCGAGAGAGCGGUGACAGCCGGGGCAGGCGACACUCUCCGGAGCGGUGCCCCUGCGCCUAGGGCGCAGCCCUUCCCUCCGGGCGUGGGCUAGUUGGCCGCGUGUGUGCCUCGCUGCUUGACGCGAAGACUAGCCAAUCAGGGCGGGCGGCCCGAGCUGCCAUGUGACGGGCGAGGCGGCCCCUUUUCCCAGCGCGGCCAGAGGGAGGAGAGAACCGGGGCUCGCCGCGAGCCUUCGAGAGCAGCGGCUGCGGAGGAGGCGGCUGCGGGCAGGAGCGGCGGCGGCGGCGGCGGCGGCACAGGCUCGGGGCCAGCCGGGCGAGCAUCCCUGGGCGCCCUGCGCGGUGGAGAGCUCAGCGGGCUGCGGGUGCCGCAGGACAGGAGUGGACAAAGCAAGAUGGCAGGGAUCUUAGCCUGGUUCUGGAACGAGAGGUUUUGGCUCCCGCACAAUGUCACUUGGGCGGACCUGAAGAACACGGAGGAGGCCACCUUCCCGCAGGCUGAGGACCUCUACCUCGCUUUUCCCCUCGCCUUCUGCAUCUUCAUGGUGCGGCUCAUCUUCGAGAGAUUUGUAGCAAAACCAUGUGCCAUAGCCCUCAACAUUCAGGCCAAUGGACCACAAAUUGCCCCACCCAACGCCAUUCUGGAAAAGGUCUUCACUGCAAUUACAAAGCAUCCUGAUGAAAAGAGAUUGGAAGGCCUCUCCAAGCAACUGGACUGGGAUGUUCGAAGCAUUCAGCGCUGGUUUCGCCAAAGACGUAAUCAGGAGAAGCCAAGUACGCUGACGAGGUUCUGUGAGAGCAUGUAAGUUGCUGAUUUUCUUUUUUAAAUAAAAGACCUAAUACCCAUGCCAAUCCUGAGGUGAAAAAUAACAGAUCUGUGGAGGCUCCAGCAGCCCUUAAAAAGCUGCAAUUUGGUGAGAAAAUAGUUUGGGAAAAACACAGGAGACAGUAGUAUGUAAGAAUUUGUGAUUUCCACUUUGGAUACAGUAAAUAAAGUUCACUUCCUAAUGGAGUUUCUGCAAAGUAAGCAUAUUAUAAAAGGAUCUACAAUGUUUUUUUCAAUCAGCCGUCUUUGAAAUAUAGCAUUAAAAAUCGUUACUUUUAUAGAUGUGGAUAGUUUGAAUUUUAAUAGAGGCAACUUAGUCAAGAGGUUCUUUGCACUAAUAAAAACUGAGAUAUUAGCAUAUGUUAUCAGAGAAUUAUGACAAUCUUCUGUAUUCCUGGAGCUUUAAGAAAUGGCUAUACUGUAUUUCUGGGUGAGUUUAGUAAAGCAUGGCUUAAAGGUGGGGGGUGGAAUGGAAGUCUCUUCCAUCUCUGAAAUGUGAACCUUUUAUAUGGUGUAUAGAUUAUAUACCAGUAAAGCUGUUAAAAAUAUUAAAAGAUGUGCAGAGAGCUCUUCCAGCACAGUGUUAUUUUGAAGCAGUGAUACUUCAUGCAUUUACCUUUAGGAAAACCAGAGAAAGACAUAUUGAAACAUUGAGAACAUCCCCAAAAUAAAAAGAAGAUCUGCCUGGAGAGUCAUUACCCCAUGUGGUCUUUAUCUUUUGGGUGUGGCUGUUCCUAUGUCUUCUGAUAGUUCUUCAGUUUCUUCUUUAGGGAGCUUUUUUUUUUUGACACCUGGUCAUUUAAACAAUAGUGCCUUCAGUGUAGCUGUCUUAGUUGCAGGCCCUUUUUAUUUGGGGUUGAAGUUGCAUUUUCAGCUUUGGCUUUCAAUUAUGUAAAAAAAGUAUUUCAGUAACUGUAUCCUUAGGGGGAAAACUAAUGUUAUAGGAGAAAUGAAUGGAAGGCAGAAAAAUAUCACAAAUUCCUAGGGCUGGGUAAAUAUGGAGAACAUAAAUAGGGUCUUUAGGAGUUUAGAAUAUUUAUAAAGUCUGGAAAAACAACCUGGUAGAUACAAUCAGCAAAGCCCUCUCAGUAAGUGAACUUACUGGCAGUUUAUAGGAGAAGGAUUUAUGUAUCUGGGCUCCUGGUCAAAUGCCAGAAUUGCUUCCCAGCUUGGCCCUGCCAUAUAUUCAAAGGGCCUGGGACCUGUCUUUGAGCCAUGAGUGUAAGCAAGGGUGAAGUUGGGUCUCAGCACAUGUCUACAUGCUGAAACUCAUGUGCCGUCUUUCCUUCCUCCGAUUAACUUCGGUAACUUGGUGCCAGCCCCUACUAUGCUGAGUUUAGACCAAUUUCUCUCAAAUACCAAUGUGCAUAAGCAUCAGUCACCUGGGAAUCUUGUUAUAAUGCGGACUCUGAUUUACUUGGUCUGGGAUGGCACAUUUUUAACAAGUUUCCACGUGAUGCUGGUGCUGUUGGUCUUUAGAUCAUACUUUAUGUAGCAAGUACUAACACUAGACCAGUUAUGUGUCUUCUCCAUGAAUUCAAUAGGUCAUUAUGUGUAUACCGCAAUAAAUAAGACAGUCAUAAUUGUAAUCAAUUAAAAAUGCUUCUAAAUGAUUGCUAGUGGUAUGGCAAUGUGGAGACACAAUGAUGGGGAGGAGGUGGUGCAUAAACGAUGAUUAUCAUUUCUUCCCCCGAGAAACUUUGUGAUAGUGUCAUGGAAAUAAGACAUAAUAUCCGAGUAUGUGUAGGUGGAAGAUAGAUAUUAGAAAAUAACCAGAUAUGUGUGUUGUAGGAUUGGUAUGGAUAGUCAGUAAUAAAGAUGAAAGGAAAAAGAUCAACUGUGGGUUGGGGUGCACAGGGGAUUGCUGGGAUUAGAACUGGGUCCGUGUCCGUGGCCUUUGACCUCUCUGUUGUAUGAUAUAGUAUUAAUGAAGUUUUGUUUUGAAACUCUCUUUGUCUUUGGUUUCUGAGUUGCCACUAGAUUCUCCUGCCUUUUCAAGGUGUUUUGUUUGCAUCAUUUAUUCUGUGUUUGCUCUGUGGUCGUUAACGUGUUAAUGACACUCCAGAUUUAGUCUUCAUGUUUUUUCUUACUCUACCUUCCAUUCUAUGUGUUAAAAUAAUUUCCUCUCACCAGCUUCUUCCAAAGCUAUGUGUACAGUGCAGAUGUUUCUUCUAAGGCAUCAUUCUGCGAGUUCCAACUGGCAAUUCUAAUUUGCUUCUACUCCUGACUUCAUUUUUCCUAUUUUCUAUGCUUCUGUUUUGUCAUAGGCUGGAAACUUAAGUCAAUCAGCCACUGAGUUCUAUUAAUUCUUUGUAAAUUCACCAUGAUAGCCCAAUAUACUAUUAUACGUCUCCUUAUUUUUUAUCUUGCAUACACAUAGACAUUUUGUUUGCUACCAACAAUCCCAUAUUAUUUUUCUAAAAUACUACUAUCCCCAUGUUCUAAUGCUUUAAAACCUUGAUGGUUUAAAGAAAAUAUAGGAUAAAUAUUAGGUCCCUGAGCCUGAUAACUACAGUCUGUCUUUUGCUUGUUUGAUGUCAGUCACCUAAAUCACAUCGUUCUUCUAGAGGGCUGUGUUUUCACUGCCCGUGCUGUUUUCCUUCCUGCCUUGUGUGUGGUGUUCCAGGCAAGGAACUUCUUCUGCCUUACCCAUUUAUCACUUCACCAUUCUUCAAAUCGCAGGCCCUCUCCGAAGUGGGGCCUGACUAUUGGGACUGGAGUGAGCAUAGCUUCCCCUGCAUCCUUAGAGUACUAGGAAUUUAACCCUGAAUCACAUGCUGCCUUAUGUGGUCACUUAACUUGCCUAUCUGUUUAUUUCAAUUUCAGCUCUGUGUAGCUUGAACCCAGCAGGGUCACAUCUUGUUCUUUCCUUCUUCUCAGUCUUUACCCCAACAGACAGACUCUGCCGAAUAAAUAAUUUGUUAUGACUGUGUUAAAAUGGAUUGUUUUGGAGAGAGUAGCUGAUCUCAUUAGCUACCUUGCCCCUAUAAAUGAGUGCCUAAAGUAUACUGACUUAGCGUAAAAUUUGUCUAGGAGAAUUACCUGACUAUGGAAAGCUCCAUAACAGUUUUAAAGACAGAAAUUCAGAGGGAAGAAUGGGAUGGCAAAGGAGAACAUUUAGAGAACACCGUGAGUGAUAAAGUAGAAUUACAGUGGUCUGUGUAUGCACAUGUGUGUGUCAGAGUAUUUUUUACCUAUAAAAUAAGAUGUAGCAUAGUUGUUCUUAACCAAGGAUGCAUUUCACAAUCACCUACUGAUCUUUUCAAAAUACACGUGCCCAGACCACACCCCAGGGUGUCAGGAUGAUGACUCAGGUGGAGUCUGAACUUGUACCUCAUGGAAAAAAAUGUCCCAAGUGCCUAUGGCCCACAUCCUUGGUUAAGAAGAAGGACAACUGCUGCUCAGAAAUACAAAAAAAAAAAAAAAAAAAAAAAAAAAAAAAAAAAAAAAAAAAAAAAAAAAAAACAA